AUCAACUUGAAGUCUUUGCAGUAGAUGGUGGUAUGAUAGCGAUGACUGGUACAACUACAGUUACCGUCAAUGUAGAUGAUCUCAAUGACAACACCCCCAUUUUCAGCAACCUCCCUACAUUUGUUAAUGUCAAUGAAGAUGCAGCAUUAUCUAGCAAUGUAUUUACAGUAUCUGCAAAUGACUUUGAUGCAGGUAUCAAUGCAGUUACGAAGUAUUUCAUCGAUGAUGGAAACUCAUUGGGGCAUUUUGCUAUAGACAUCAAUUCAGGCGUAAUAUCAACAAUUCAGGAACUAGACAGAGAAACUACUCCAUCGUAUACAUUAGUAAUACGUGUAUCGGACACAGGGGUGGUCCCCCUUCAGUUGUCCUCUUCUUUGGUUGUCACAAUAAAUGAUGUAAACGAUAACACCCCUGCCUUCAAUGCAGCAUCCUACCAGUUUAGUAUUGAAGAAGGCUCAAUUGUUUCAACACUGGUAGGGCGCGUAUAAGCUACUGAUAUAGACAACGACUUGAAUGGCAAUAUAAUGUAUAGCAUAAUAACUGGAAACAUUAAUGGAGAUUUUGCUAUUGAUUCUACCACAGGAGCUAUAAGAACUGUCAACACGUUAGACUUUGAAACAAUGAGUGGUUAUGCAUUGACUAUACAAGCUGAAGAUCAAGGAGUACCAAAGAAAAGCAUUUUAGUGAAUGCGUUCAUCAAUAUUUUGAAUGUUAAUGAGAACGAACCAGACUUCACCCCAUCUGAUAUCUAUAAUGCAGCAAUAAGUGAAGGAGCAAAUUAUGGAGACGUGAUACUAACAGUAGGUGCAACAGAUGCAGAUGGUGAUGAAGUGUCAUUCACUGUUAUAGCAGGAGACCCAUCUGGAAUGUUUAAUAUUGACUCGACAUCAGGUGUGAUACGUCUACUUGGAACCUUAGACAGAGAAACAUUGCCUUCGUUUACGCUCAAAGUAGAGGCCAAAGAUAGUCAUGGUUUGGUCAGCCAAGCAACAGUUAAUAUCAGUAUAACCGAUGAAAAUGAUAAUUCUCCUAUUUGUAGCCCGUCAUCAAUAACCAAGUACAUUGAAGAGGAUGAAGCUGUAAUGGCUUCUAUUGCAAGCCUCACUUGUUUAGAUGCUGAUCUAGGAGUGAACCAAGAAUUGCUAUAUGUAAUAGAUGGUGGAAAUACUGAGAGGAAAUUUGCAAUAAAUGCCAUAACUGGUGUCAUAAAUCUUGUAAACUCACUUGACUUUGAAUCCACCAAAGUUUACAGUCUAGAUGUAGCAAUAACUGAUACGGGUCAGGGGCGUAGGAAGGUGUAA